CACGUGAUACAGAGUGAGUGUGCGAGUGUUUUGCCUACGCGCGGCAAAGGCGAGAGAAGAUGGCGGACGGGAAGGGAGAGUCCCGACCGGGGCUAGCCAACGGGGACAGGCUGUCUCCGGUACCGUCGGCCUGCCGCCUGACGGAUACUCUCCGGGCGCUGCAGGACGGGCUGAGGGAGGACGAGGUGUCCGCGUUUACGUCCUCCGCUUACUGCAGACGUUUCUGUGAGGUGUUACUACAGCACACUGAGGAUAAUGCAGCAUCAGAAAGCCUCAUGCAUUGUGCAGAUAUUUAUGAAACUGCUCUGAGAAGUUUUGCAAGUGCAAGACCUUACCUUACCACUGAGUGUGAAGAUGUUUUGUUACUUCUCGAAAGACUUGUAUUGAGUUGCUUUGAAGUAGUACUUUCAAUGUCUGAAGAUGAUCUUUCAAGUGAUCAAGGAGAGUGCAUGAAAAAUUCGAUAAUUGAUUCUCAUGAGAUGUUGGUGGAUUUUGGAAACAAACAUUUUCAAUUGUUGGUAGAUAACAUUAAUCAUGGCGGAGCAUGGAGAAAUCCUGUACUUGUCAAAAUCUUGUCUCGACAGUCUGUAGACCCAGAAGAAGUUAACUACUGGAUUUUACAAGAAGGCCUCAACUUUCUCCAGUUGCGCAUUAAACAUUUAAUGAAGACAAACUGUAUCCAGCAAGCAAUGCUACUCUCAAAAAUAUGUUACGAUUCAGAAUCGACUUCAAGUGAUUCUUUUUUUCGACAGUCGUAUAUUACAUGCUUGUGCACAAUGUUACCAGAUGAUGAAGCCUUUAAAGAGAUUUCUAAGAUGGCUGGACAAGAUGUAUUGGAUGCGAUUUGUAAUCUGGAAUCUGAGGGACAGAUUAACACUGCAUUUAUUCUGUGCACCACAUACCUUACUCAGCAGCUGCAGAAUGAAGUAGCAUCCUGCUCCUGGGAGCUAACUUUGUUUUGGAGUAAACUUCAGAGAAGAAUUGACCCCUGUUUAAGUACUUUUCUGGAAAGAUGUAGGCAAUUUGGGGUGAUUGCCAAAACACGUCAGCAUCUCUUCUUCCUCAUUAAAGUUGUUCAUACAGAGGCUGGUGAUGAAGGUGUUCCAGUUUCAAUUAUGCUUUGCAUUCGGGCACUUCAGAUCACCUCAAAUGAAAAUGAUGCAACAAAGACUUCAGUGUGCAAAACAAUAGCUUGUCUCUUACCUCAAGACUUGGAGGUGAGAAGAGCCUGCCAGCUCACCGAAUUCUUAAUUGAGCCAACAACUGAAGGACUGAAUAUAUUGGAGGAGCUCUAUCUUCAGCCAGAUCAAAAGAAUGUUGAGGAAUCUAGUGUUAUUUCAAACUCGUUACGCUGUGAACUCCUUCUAGCCCUGAAAAGUCAUUGGUUGUUUGAUCCAGAGUUCUGGGAUUGGAAGACAAUAAAGCGACACUGCCUUAAACUUCUUGGGCAAGAUGGUUCUGAUACAGAGGAGAGCUAUGGCGAACCUUCAGUUAAUGAUCCUGAUCUUUUGGAUGCUUCUUUGGCUAGUUAUAAUUAUCACACUGAACAGACAGAAGAAACUCAAGAAUAUUCUUUCAAUGAAACUGAAAAUGUUAAAGUGAAAAAACCUGUUGGAUCUUCUGAAAGAUAUAAGCGGUGGUUGCAGUAUAAAUUUUACUGUGUAAUUUGCAACAGAGAAGUAAUUGAGGCACGAAUACUCCAUCAUGCUAAAAUGCACCUUGAAGAUGGCAUUUAUACAUGUCCUGUGUGCGUAAAAAAGUUCAGAAAGAAAGAAAUAUUUGUUCCUCACGUAAUGGAUCAUAUGAAAAUGCCAAUGAGACAUCGACAAAAAAAGAAAGAAUCUCAGACAGGGGAAUCUGCAAAGUCCCCUGAACCAGAACCUGAACCUGAGAGUGACCCCGACGGUUACAUGUCAUUCAGGGCAUUAAGAGACAAAAAUUUACAGGAUAGAGACGUCUAUCCUUGUCCUGGGACUGGCUGUUCAAGAGUCUUUAAGCAGUUCAAAUAUUUAAGCAUACAUUUGAAAGCAGAACACCAAAACAACGAUGAAAAUGCAAAACAUUAUUUAGACUUGAAAAAUAUGAGAGAGAAAUGUAGUUUUUGUCGUCGACAUUUUAUUACAAAUUUUCACCUAAGCCAGCACAUGAGAAUUCAUGUUGGUUCCCAUCCAUUUAUGUGUGUUUCUAUAGACUGCAAUGAAAGGUUUAAAACUGUCAAUGAACUGCUUCAUCACAAACAUACACACUUAGAACUUCAAUACAAAUGUGAAUUGGAAGGGUGCCACUUGGUGUUCAGUGACUUGGGACUAUUGUACCAUCAUGAAGCUCAGCACUUUCGAGAUGCUGCGUAUACAUGCACUUUUCCACAGUGCAAAAAAUUUUAUUAUUGUACGACUGAAUUACAGACACAUAUUGCAACACAUGUGGCACAUUCUGAGAACAACUUUGACAAUGGGACAGAAUUCUUCAACUUAAAAAAUGAAGUUGACAAUCCAAAUAAUUCUUCAUGUAAUUACCUGCCUUCACUUAUUGAAAGAAAUAUGUCUUCUAAGCAAACGGAGCCUAAAUCUGAAAAUCUGGAUGAGGAAAAGCUUGAGGAAAAGCAUGAGCAAGUUAAAACUGAACCCUGCUUGCAUCAUGGAAUGGGUCCAGACUGCCCAUUGAAAGAUAAAUGCAAAGAUCAAAUUAAUACAGAAAAACGUAACAUGGGCACAUGCAAAAUGAGUGAUCUAGCCAGUGACUUCAAACAGGAAUGGCUACAUAGUUUGGGUGUUGAAGAAUUGCUUGAACAGCCACAUGAAGCUGAAAGUUUAUGUAAUGUUACAAUGCCAAAUGAAGCUCACAUAAAAAGCGAAGAAGAGGAGAUUCCUACAUCUGAAGACUUUACAAAGUCAUCCACAUCAGAAGAUAUAAUGUUUGAACUUCUUACUAGUUUGAAACGGCUUAAUUUAAAAAAUGUGGAUACGUGUAUUCAGGAAACUGUAGCAGAUUCCUCUAAUAGCUCUACAGUAACACAAAAUAGAAAAGCCAAGAAGAAAGAAAAGAUGCCCAGCCAGUAUAUUUCUCAAUUAUCCUCCAAACCAUUUUUCUGUGAACUUAAGGGGUGCAAAUCUGCUUUUGUCACAAAAGCUGCUCUUUUAUUGCAUUAUUGUAAAAAACAUGACUAUACAAAAGAAAAAGCUCUUAAACUGAACAUGUUCCAAAAAAAAUUCUCACCUUUUGAGUGCCAUAUCUGCCAAAGACGAUUUACAAGGCGAACGCUACUUCGCUUUCAUUAUAGGAGUGAUCACCACAUAGGGAAGGAAAUGCCAAGAAGAAAUGUUAGGAAAUUCGAUAAAAAGAUGAAGCCACGCAUCAAGCAUCAAAGACGCACAGGUUGCUGGGAAAAACUUCUGACAAAUGAGGUCAACUGCCACAGUAAUGUCAGGACAUCUCCAGUCCAAGAGGGUUUUAUUUCCGAGACUUAUGCAGAUUCGUUGUCCGAUGAGACUGACAGCAGUAUUGCUUUUGGUGCUUUAAGACCUGAUGAUCUGACUUCUGUAGAAGGGAGAGAAACCAGGCGCAUUGUAGACAAAGAUAAGUCCUGUUAUGCCUUAAACAAGUAUCACAAACCUUUUAACUGCAUUCAUAAAUCUUGCAAUGCUUCUUUUACAAGUCAGCGAGGUUUAGUUCGCCAUUACCAGCUUGUACAUCAAUAUAACAGGGAGUCUUUAUGCUUGGAAAAAGACAAAGAGACGAACAAAAAAGAGACAAAUAAAUGUAGAAGGAUAUUUACUUGCAAAUAUGAAGAAUGCAGAAAAAGCUUCAUUUGUGUUAGAGCGUUGUCCAAACAUUACAAAGAAUUUCAUGAUCAGAGUGAAAAUGAAGAGAAGGAGGUUGAUGGUUUUGACAAUGAAAACUACUUGCAAUCAGAAACGGAGGAAGAUGAAGUAAAAUUUAGUGACGAAAGUGAAAGUGAGUCGUCUGAAAUUUACUGUGAUUUUGAGGGCUGCACUGCUGUGUUCAGAGAUAAUACAAACUAUUCACGACACAUUAUGACCCGUCACCGAAAACACAGCCUUUAUGACUGUAGGAGAAAGCGUAAGAAAAAAGUAAAGGAAGUGGAUGAAAACUAUAUUGAGCCCAAGCGCCACAAACGUUUUUUUCGAAGGAAAAAUGUAAAGGUUCAAAAUAUUGCUGGAAAAAAAGAGGAGGUUGAAUUUAAAACCAGAAAAGAAGCAUUACAGAUGUGUGCACAAAAUACAGAUGUAACACAAUUUCCGUGUAUGAUUCAUGGCUGUUCCUCAGUUGUAAAGUUAGAAAGUAGUAUUAUUCGGCAUUACAAGCUAACACAUCACCUAAAUCCUAUAUUUGUAACCAAUCAAAUACAUGAACUGGUUUACUGUGUAAAAAACCUUUCUAAGAACAGAGAAGAAUUCAGUUCACCAGAAGGCAGUCCUAAAAGCAGUGAUCACUUUCAGGAUCAUAAAAUAACCAGGUUAAGUUUGCGUAGUAGUAAUAUUGGCACAUCAAAUGAGAGAGGCGACUCUUACAAAACCUCUAUUAGUGAUCUCAGAAAAAAUGGCUCUGUGGAUAGAGACUUUUAUGGCACAUCACCACCACAUCAUAAUAAAAUCUCUAAUAAUGUUAAUGAAUCUGACAUGAAGUCUUCCAACAGGAGAAAUGAGGAUAGAACUUCUAAGUCUAGUGGAAAAGAAAAUAUCUCCAGUUUCCAUAAAGGUCAUAAAGAGGAAAACUAUAAAGGAGUUCCUCCACAAGAUCCUGCAGAAUCUGACUUGCCUGAUUCAACAAAUUGCAAUCAACAAGAUCCAGUACAAGCAGUCAUUGGACUAACUAACUUUAAGCCAAUGGGCUUUGAAUCCUCUUUUUUAAAGUUUCUGCAGGAAAGUAAGAACUCGGAUGAAGAUGAUGAAUCGGAUUCUGAUGACUGGGAUUUCCCACAAAAAAGUAAACGCCGAAAUUCUUCGCAGAAUCGGAAACGAGCCUCUAAAGAGCGAAAUGAGCGUGAAAUAUGUUUGUCAUUGGGUAAAACUGCAUCAUCUGAACCUACCUUAGAAAAUUUAAGGACAAUGUUAGAUAAAGCAUUGACAGAUUGUGGUGACUUGGCUUUAAAACAACUUCACCAGCUCUAUCAAAAACCUGUUGUUGUUUUGGAGCGAUCAGACUUCACAGCACCUCUAAUAGACUUAUUCUCUAGCAAAAAAACUGAUCAACUGUGUGUGGGCAUUUCUUGAAAUAUGCCUGCUCUUAAAAUAUUGCCAGUAUUAAUUUGAGAGACUUCAAAGUAACACAGAAGGCUUGCUCAUAAAUGAGGGGUACCAUGUAGACAUUUUGUGCAAUUUUAGAUGUAACAUUUCAUGAAUGUACUUAUCUGUGUUCACAAUAUAUUUGGUUUAUCCUCCCAGCAGAAAACUGUACUUGGUGCUAGGACAUCAGUAUAAUGGGGCUUCCUUUGACAAUAAAUGUGCAUGAUUGUCUGGGAUUGUGGGAUUUAAGAUUUUCAUACUUGAAUGAAUUUGCACUUAAGAGUGCGUUAUGUAAUAUAUUGUACACUACGUCUUAUAUUUUUUGAGUUAUGUUUCAAUAAAUGACAAACUUUCACCCGUUUUGAUGGAGCAUUCCAACUUUUUAAAAUAUAUUUUUUUACUAAGACAUAAGGCUUUACUUUUUUUUUUUUUUUUUUGCAAAUUUUCACUUUUUUUUUAUCCUUUCUUAAAUGUAAAGUGCUUUAGAAAGGUCUGCAUUUUCUGCACUAAGUGUAGGUUUAGUAUGUCAUGUUUAUUUUCAUAUUCUGUAGAACAUUGAAUUAAUUUGACAUUUCUUUUGAUGCACUGCAGACAUUAAUAAAUGUUUUUUUUUUCAGAUAGUUUUAAAAUGUGAUUUUAUUUUUUACCCUUGUAUUUGAUAUUGUAGCUUUAAAAUGCAAGAUUCUUGUCAACACCAUUUCUACUCUUUGGGUUAAAGCCAGGUUUGCUUGUAUAUAAAGACUUAAAGUUGUAGAACUUUUCACAUCUACUUAUAAAGAGAAUAGCAGCAGGCUUGUUAGUGCUGCCUUAUGCUGGUUUGUGAAAACACUGGACAAAGAUGUAACUGUUGGUAUUUUUCAAUUGGAUAAUAUGUUUAUCUCGGUUCUCUUUGAAUUGCACAGUGGGGCAUACCAUAAUUUGUUCCACAAUUAAAUGCAAUAUACUACCAUUUU